UUAUCUCCACUGUACCCAAAACACGGCUGAAAAACUCCAAACAAGCUGCGAUGAAGCCAUUCUCUAACGACCGGAUAAAUGAGCCUUCACCGUCAAAGAGGUAAACGAUUCUGCUCAUCAGCGCCACCCGACAAAACACAAUAACAAACGAACCACGGCAAUCAGUUGCAUAGUAGGCGUCCGUCGUCGGUGGCUGAGUUUUACUUUUAUCAAGGUACCCAUUUCACCAGGUUGUAACAGACCAGGCGAAACCUCGCAGAAGGCCAUGCUCCACGCUCGAAUCACCGUUGGCUCGGUUGAAACAUAGUAGCUGCUAGCCAUCGAAACAGUUUUCCACCCUGUGUGUAGUAGGCAGGGGGCACCCACGUUUUAGUCCAUUUUCAACCACCAACCGAAACGGAUUGCUUCGUUCGGAAAACUGCAAAAAUUCGAGCAAUCAACGCGCGACGAUCACCGGACGAUACCUAUCUAUCGUUCUACGUUUCCCAUACAUUAACGCUAGUAAUUCUCACGCGGAAGUCUCGCUGGAACCAAUUGGGCAUCUUCUUCGUCACCGCUGGCUGUUCCGCACAGUUUGCAUUUUUGACCCGACUGCAGCCUCAGUCAGUGGCGCAGCAUCAUCUUCCACACCGGAUUGACAUUUAAUAAAUUGUUGUACAUAUGAUUCUUUGUUGUACCGAGAGCUCCGAUCGAAUGUAAUCUCCCGUGGCUGCUGCGCGGUAACGAUCGCGCAUCGAUCGCAGAACGAGUUUUGCCUAUGUGGAGCUGCUGAGCAGAGUCAAGGAUAUAUCAAAGUGACCGUUGACUGGCAUCUUCGAUCAUCGGUUGCCUACCACCAUCUCCACGCCUGCUGAGAGGAUCGCGAAAUCGUAAAGAAUUUUCUGUUACUUGAUAGCCAGCGUGGGGUGCGCUCGGAAGCGGGAAUUCUUUCCGGUGAAUCGUUUUCGUUGAUUGUGCUACUGUGCUACAAAGAACCGUUCGGAAAAGGGCAAGAUAUGAUCUUUGGUGCGCGGAGACAAGCAUGAAGAAAGUUCUUAAACUAGUCGUUCGAGUUGGUGAAGAUUUAGUACAGUGUUGUGCAGUGCCGGGAUGGCCUCGAAUCCGAUGAAGACGGAGAAGAUUGCGAUGAUCGUGGUGAUCGUAGUGGGUUCCCUGUUGUCAGUAGUGCACAAUGACCCAGUUCGGAGGUUUCAAAAAGUGACAAAGAUCGAAGAAGAUGAGUCCACCACCAAGAUUCAGGACUUGGAGUCGAGUGUCGAGGAAUCGUCGACUCCGGUUUCGGACUUCACACACAGUGAAGCACGCAGCAAUGCGACGGACAAUGAAGCGGACAGUGUUGGGAUCAGUACAGUGAUGGUGAAACUGAAGCAUUUUGGAACGAAGAAUUUUACGUUUCUGGAGCCGGAUCAUAUACCGAUCAGUGAUUUUAUGGGUCUAGACGAGAAUGUGGAUCUGGAGUUGCUGUUUAGCGAGCAGAUGGGUGCAGAUCACAAGGAUAGCGGAAAUCCCGUGGAAAAUGUUGUGCUCCAGAUCGAAGACUACGAUGACGAAGGGAACUCUCAGAGCUAUUUUCUUCACUCUUCUCCGUACUCCGAAAACCCGUCCAAUGAAACCUCACCCUGUUCAUCGACAUCGACCGUCUCCUCGCGAGUUACAGGCUUCUUCCGGGACGUCCUUCAGCGGCUAGGGGUGUACAAGUACAUCAUGGACUACCAGGAGGAUCAACAGCGAGAACCAAAGGUGCCUCAUCGAUUCCAUUCGCAUUUUAUCGACACACCGAGUGGCGGCAUCCGUAAUCUUCCGAAUCAUUUCGUUGACCAGGUGACUCCAUCGUCAGGCUCCUCGACGAAAAAGCCUCCCAAGCCGCACAAGGCCCACGGUGGAGGGCUGUUCAACCAGUUCAAGCAGCGCAUCAAAGCGAUCUAUCCGGGCACGGUGUGGUGCGGCGAUGGCAACCAGGCCAAGAGCGAAAACGACAUCGGGUUCUUCUACCAGACCGACGUGUGCUGCCGGGCGCAUGAUCUCUGCCCGACGGCCAUCUCAGCCGGGGAGCAGUUCAACCGGCUGAAGAACAAUGGAUAUUUUACCAGAUCUCAUUGCGACUGCGAUAAGCAGUUCUACAACUGUCUAAAAAACGCCAACACCUUAGUAUCAAACCAGAUCGGUUACACCUACUUCAACCUGCUCAAGCCACAGUGCUUCCGUCAUGAACACCCAAAGGUUGCAUGCUCAAAAAAGGUCAAGGGCAAAUGCCUAUCGUACGUGGUGGACGAAACCCAGGACAAGUUGUGGCAGUGGUUCGACAACCUUACCUACUGAUGCAGUUACAAACUAACCAUUCCUUUACAGGGUGCAUUACAAAUUUGUGUGUGUGGAUGUGUGUGCAUGCACGUAAUCAUACACAGCUACGUCUGAGACGUAGUCUUAUUUAUUAAAACUAUAAACCGUGGACUCCUCCAAGCAGGGAGUUCUACCCAAACCCAACAAAACGUUCCAGUAGACUGGACUAAAAAAGCAAAAAGUGUGCAAUUGUGAUACAAAACCGAAACAAAGCAAGUGUUGCCAAAUAUACCGUAAAGUAAGCUG